AUGAGCGAUACAAAUAUUACUACAGCUAACGAACGAUUCGAUGACACCCGAUUGAAAAGUGACACCGUUCGUAACGAAUUAGCCGUCGCGGACGAAAACGCAGAUCCCGAGGCAUCGAUCAAUAAUUAUUAUGACUACGAGAUCGAUGCCGAAGAAGGGUACGCGUAUCCCGAGGAUUGCGAAGAAGGUUUUGAACGCUGCAAGAACAAGAAGGUACAGUAUCCCCAGCGGUCGAGAUCUGUUUUGGAAGAGGACGCAUUUCCCGAAAUUCCGUUAACCGCCGUCGAAGCUAGAAAAUGUCUGAAUCGCAUCGGCCAAGUAGGAGCGGGAUUAAUUUACGCUUUUUUGCAAAUCGACGUCGACCAUAGAAGCCUCACAAACAUCGAGGAAAUCACCAACUUUAAGUAUUUGUCUUUUAUAAACGUGUCGCACAAUAACUUGGACUUAAACGCUUUGGACGUGCUCAGAGAGUUGGAGUACGUGGUCGUGGUACGGGCCGAUCACAACAACGUCGAUUCCCUUUGUCUGUCUCCAAUGCCGUAUCUACAGGUUUUGACCCUAAACUCUAACAGAGUCUCGUCGCUUUCGGGUCUUAAGCAACCGUCGCUAGAGUGUUUGGAACUGAACGACAACAAUAUUUCGUAUCUGAUCCAAGUGCCGAGCCAUAACUAUAAUAAAAACAAUUGCAACGAAAAAAUUGCUUGCCCAAACCUAUCCACAUUGGCAUUGUCCAGAAAUGCUUUGGAUACAGUCGAAGAAUUUGUGGUUUUAUCCAAUAAAUUACGUAUAUUGUAUUUGAGCUACAAUAAGAUUGGCAAGCUAAAUGGAUUAGGUGAUUUACAAAAUUUAUCUCGUUUACACUUGCGAGGUAAUCAAAUAUCAGACUUAGAUGGUUUUACUGAUAAUUUGAAGUAUUUGUCAUACUUAAACUUGAGGGAGAACCGUUUAAACGAUGUAAAAGAGCUCAAUAAAUUGGCGUGUCUUAAAUCAUUAAAAACGCUAGUGGUGUCGGAUAACGAUUUCAGCAAAGUUUCGAUCAGAUCGAAGGUUCUGAAGUUGUUACCAUGGCUGGAGAGAGUUGAUAAGGAGACGGUUACCAAAGCUGAGCGUGAAUUGGAAAAAUCCAAUGAAAACCCACAAGAGUACGAGGAAGAGGAAGAUCAGAAAGACGAGGAGGAAAAAUAAGAGGAGUAA